UGCGCGCCAAUUGACUCGGAGCUGCAUGGAUGCUGUUCCACUCUGCACCCUUCUGGCUCCUGGGGGUGACUUUGGGGGUUGUCCUGCUGCGGGGCUGCUGCGGCUCUUCCAAACACUCCCUGUCUUAUUCCUACCUGCAAGUGUCAGAGCCCAGCCAGGAGCUCCCCCAGUUUAUCUCCAUGGUCCACCUGGAUGACCAGCCCAUCGCUCGCUAUGACAACCACACCAGGAAGCUGGAGCCUCUGGUGCCCUGGAUGGAGAUGGUGGAGCUGGAAAGCUGUCUGGAUCCUGAGUGGGUCUUCAGGGCUGACCUGGGGAGUGUGCAAAACUUCCACCCCCGGAAUGAAGGGCUUCACACCUGGCAGGCGAUUUUGGGCUGCGAACUCUGGGAAGACGGGAGCCAAGGAGGGUAUUUCCACUAUGGCUACGGUGGGAUGGACUUCAUCAGCUUCGACAAGGAGACCCUCAGAUGGGUGACAGCUCAGCCCCAGGCCCAGAAGGUCAAGGAGAAGUGGGAGGAUGAUCCAAGGUGGUUUCAGGAAAAUAAACACUUCCUGGAGGAGACCUGCAUUGUGUUGCUGAAGACAUACCUGUCCUAUGGGAAGGAAGCUCUUCAGAGGACAGAGCCUCCAGUGGGGAAGGUGACCCACAAGACCACCAGGGACAAUGUGGAGACUCUCAUCUGCCAGGCCUUUGGCUUCUACCCCAAGGAGAUCCAGGCCACCUGGAUGAAGGACGAAGAGGUCUGCAAGUAUGAGACCCUCCAUAGGAAUGUGGCUCCCAACUCGGACGGGACCUACUAUGUCUGCCUCAGCAUUGAAAUCGACCCCAAGGAGAGGGACCAGUUUUGGUGUUACCUGGAACAUGAAGGCUUGCAGGAGCCCCUGGUCUUGGCUUUCAAGGAGGAGCCUGAUGAUAAAGUGCAACAUCCAGAGCCUUCUGCUGAGAUGAUGCUAAUGUUGUGGCCCCGCCCUCUGAGCCUAUCUCAUCGGAGGAAGAAAGCUCCGAACAUGAGGAAGACGAGUCAGCCAGGCCUCCCUCUCCAGGCCCCUCCCCUCUGGCACUUUCUCAGGUGCUGGCCGAGGGAGAGGAGAUUAGCCAGGAGCCAAGUGUCUCGGAUGAGAGCGAAGGAGAGCCGUCAUUCCUGGAUGCACGCCAACGAAGGCAUGAUAAACGGUUGCAGCAGUUAAGGAGGCAUGCUAGGGAUUAAAACUGAGUCACUGGACCACACCCCAGAGACUAUAUAAGAGAGGGUGAUGGCUGGUGACGAACAAAAACGAACUUUGGCUAGUCACUUGAACAACGUCUGAAGCUGCCGAAAGGAAUAUUGUUUUGCUGGACUAUUUGCAAUGCAUAUGUAAUUUUAUGUUAUCUGUUGCAGUAAAAGCUCUUGGCAGACGGUGAUUAUAUUGCUGCCAAGUUUGAGAUAACGACCUGUGUGCGUGCCAAGUACUUUCUUAACCCUCGGCUGGCUGUGUUUGUGUGUGUGUGUGGACGGGGAUAGAUCAGCUAAUGAUAGAGCAUCUCUGAGAGAUGCAGGGUGGAUUCCACCACACACCCCCAUCCCAAGCUUCCAGAAAGAGCCAUUAUGGCUCUUGGCUUCCAUAUGGCUAAUGGCUUCCAGAAAGAACCAUUAUGAAUAUGAGCUAUAAGAGGAGGAAAAAUGAUGCAGCAGCAGCAGCCAAAAAAGCCAAUGCUUUUUUAAAAAAAACUAAUUUUUAAAAACAACACCAAAAAACAAUCACACCAGGGGUUAAAUGCUCCCGGUUCGGACCGGAUUACCCGAUCUGGUAGCGAUGGAGGCGGGUGGUUCGGAGAACCGGUAGCAAAAA